AUGACCCUCUAUCAUUAUAACGCCGACAUGCGCAAUCUGCGCUACGGUAACAACAUCUAAUAAUCUCUUAUUCGCUGACCCCGGGACUGUACGGGAUUGCCUGCGUCCGAUGUAUCUGCAGAUCGGAGCGCCGGAGACUCGAAGCGCAGAGACAUGUCCCGGAGAAAGCAAGCGAAACCGCAGCAUCUCAGAUCGGACGAAGAGGAGGGAGCACAGUCGAAAAAAAGUCAAGAUAACGCACUUCUCUUGAGGGGAGGAGAUGAGGAGGACAGCGGCACUGAAAGCCGCAGUGGGGGCGAGGAGACACACGUGUGUGAGAGGUGCUGUGCCGAAUUCUUCAAGUGGUCGGAAUUGCUGGAGCACCAGCAGAAGUGCACGGAAGACCCUCCUGUGCUGAUAGUAAAGGAGAACGCAGAAAAGCUUGUCUCCCGAGGAUCGCCCACAGAGUCCUUCUUAAGCACCCACAGUGACUCAGCAGAAAUGAUGAAGGCUAAUGAAGAGAACUCUGAGCUGGUUGAGAAAGUUGAUGAGAGCCUCUGCAUGCCUGAGGAAACCCAGGUCAUCGACGUGGAUGAACAAAUGGAUAUUAGUUUGUCUGGUCAUAAGACAUCCAACCUCAGCCCUCCACCACUCGAGAAUGAAAACCCACCCUCUUCCCCUGCACCAUCUAUAACCAACCAUCACGACAUGCCCAGCACCAAUGUGACCCUUGAGAUCCUUCAUAGCACCAGAGUGGCUGUUGCUCAGUUCUCCCAGAGCAUUCACUGUGCGGGCCCUGCAGGAAAGUUGAGCUCAGCUGCAAUCCCUAUGAUUUUAGAGCAGUUAAUAGCUCUGCAGCAGCAGCAGGUUCACCAGUUACAGCUCAUCGAGCAGAUUCGCAGCCAGGUUGCUGUAAUGAAUAGGCAGCCCACGCAAGCUGCCCUUAAUCCGGCCUCAAAAAGCCUGUCCUCUGACUCCAACACUUACAAUUUCCAGAGCAUUGCUCCACCCCCUGUACUUCCACUAUCUGGAGUCAUGCCCUCUGCGGUGACUGGGCAGGCCUCUGUGUCCCAGGCUUCUUUGCUUGUGAGGCCACCACUGCUGUCUACGCAGCCAAACAGCGGGCAAAUAAAUUCUCGAGCAAUGGACAGUGCCACUGUUUCCUUAACAAGUUCAAGCCCUCUCUUCAGCUAUAGCGGGUCUUCCCCACUCUUGCCAACCUGUAGUGGUUCACUCUCUAAUGUCAGUAACACACAACCCCUAAGCACUCCCAGUGCACUAUCAGCUUGCCAGAGUAGCCUCCUUAGUCCUUCUGCCAAUCUACCAUUACUACCUCAAAGCCCCCCCAACGGAGUCAUCUUUCCCAAUCCACUGGCCAGUAUAGCAGCCACUGCCAGUGCAUUAGAUCCACUUGCUGCCAUGAUGAAGCACCGUAAGGGCAAACUGCCCAGUGUCUCCAUUUUUGACAGCAAGCCCAGUUCUGAGGAUCCGUUCUUCAAGCACAAGUGCAGGUUCUGCGCCAAAGUGUUCGGAAGCGAUAGCGCAUUGCAGAUCCACCUGCGCUCGCACACAGGUGAGAGGCCCUUCAAAUGCAACAUCUGUGGCAAUCGGUUUUCAACAAAGGGAAACCUCAAGGUCCACUUUCAAAGGCACAAAGAGAAGUACCCUCAUGUUCAGAUGAACCCAUACCCAGUCCCAGAAUAUCUGGACAAUAUCCCAACCAGUUCUGGGAUACCCUAUGGAAUGUCUUUUCCUCCUGAGAUGGCAGGACCUACUUGGUUGGACAGUAAACCUGUUCUACCAACAGUGCCGUCCUCAGUGGGUCUGCAGUUGCCACACACAGUACCAGUUAUUGAAAGCUUAAGUGACUCGUUAACAAGUACACCCUCUGACAGAUCUCCACACAGACUCUCACCAGCCAGAGGUGAACUUACACCUUCGUCACCCAAUCCCACUGGCACUGAGACAGAUAUGUCAACCAUGACAUCCUCUCCUAAGUCAAAUAGAGAAGGAGAAAUCACACUGACCUUCAAUGUAGAGGAGGUGCACCUGCCACCAAACAGCAUGACCAGAAACGGAAACGACUUCAACUCUGCAAACCACAGGUUGCUUCCACAGUCAAUAGGGAUACCUGUUAAGGGCAAUUUACCUGAGUCCACUGAUGCUACUCUAGCAGUUAAUAAAUCCUCUUCUCCCCCACUGACCUCUGAUCAGUUUAAGUUCCCAUUUGGUGGUCUCCAAGAUUCAAUGCAAACAUCGGAGACAUCGAAACUUCAACAGCUUGUAGAAAACAUUGACAAGAAGAUGAUGGAUCCCAAUAAGUGUGUGAUCUGCCACCGUGUGUUAAGCUGCCAGAGUGCACUGAAGAUGCAUUACCGCAUCCAUACAGGGGAGAGGCCAUUUAAAUGUAAGGUUUGUGGCCGAUCAUUCACCACAAAGGGAAACUUGAAGACUCACUUUGGUGUUCACCGUGCAAAGCCUCCUCUUCGGAUUCAGCAUUCGUGCCCGAUCUGCCAGAAGAAGUUUACUAAUGCUGUUGUGUUACAACAGCACAUACGCAUGCACAUGGGAGGGCAGAUUCCCAACACUCCACUUACAGAAACCAUCUACGAAAAAGAUGCCGAUAUGGAGAGUUUUGACAGCAUGAGCACUUAUGAUGAUGACUGUCUUGAUGACAUUUCAUUCGAGGAUGAAGGGGAUAUCUUAGAAAACAACGAAAACACUCCAAGCUCCUUUUCGGACAGUCCACCUCCAAUUUCAUCUCUCCCAACCAGUGUAUCAGAAUCUAAAAAUGCAGGAGGUGACUUAUCUGUCAGUCACAGUCAAUUGAAUGGAAAAAAGAUUGCCAGAUGUGGACCUAUGGAUAAUGAUCAGCACGCUCUUGGCUCUACCGCCACAGGAGAGAUGGAGAACCAAAGCAUGGGAAUUAGUUUAAUGUCACAGUCAUCCAGUUCUUUUCACAUUCCUCCCUAUCACACAAAUAAUCAACCUGAGGUCCAACAUGAGCAUCCAGUCUCUCUGAACCUCUCCUCUAAAAACCCAGAAACAACAUUGUUAGUAAAAUCAGAAACAUCAGAUUGUCCUGCAACAAAUUUAGUCAAUGGGGUGACUCUUAAUCAAACAGGAAUCCAGUCCAUCAAAUCUACAGUCAAGAAAGAAAACCCUUUCAACGUGCAGAGUUUCAGUAAAGAACAUGGUAAUGCUCAAAGGUCUGCUGAACAGGAUGCUAAAAAUGCACCGACUGUAGUUAAAAUGGAGAUGAGCGCUUGCAGUAGACCGUACAUGCUAAAAGAGGGGCCUUUCCCUGCAUUUGGCCUGCAAUCUCCUGCUCUUCGAACUGAGAUGAUGAUACCAGGCGUCACCUCACUUACUGGACCACCCUCUACCCGACGGACCCCUAAACAACACAACUGCAGUGCAUGUGGGAAGAACUUCUCUUCAGCCAGUGCCUUGCAGAUCCAUGAGCGCACACACACAGGUGAAAAACCCUUCGGCUGCUCAGUCUGUGGUCGCGCUUUCACAACAAAGGGUAAUCUUAAGGUGCACAUGGGCACCCAUAUGUGGAAUAACACCCCAGCCCGUAGAGGAAGACGUCUAUCUGUGGAAAACCCCAUUGCCCUACUUGGCGGUGACGCCCUGAAAUUCAGUGAAGCAUUUCAGAAGGAUUUAGCAGCGAGGGCUAUAAAUGUGGACCAAAACUUCUGGAGCCGAUAUGCAGCAGCUAUAACUAACGGCUUAGCCAUGAGGAACAAUGAAAUAUCCGUUAUUCAGAGUGGAGGAGUCCCUCAGCUCCCUGCCAUUACUGCGGCCAUGGACAAGGCUAGCACUAGAAACAGCCCACCAAUCACAGCCCUGGAAAAAACAGGCAUAGACAGAAGUGCCGGACAACACUUUUCCAUGAUGAUGGAUGACAAAAAAGACAUUGGAAUCAAUUGAAGUAAAGUUGACAUAUUCUUUCUCCUUAAGGAAUGUUGAGAAUAAAUGUGUCUUGAUUUUUGAUUAGAUCAUAUUAAACUCUUUAGAAUGUGCUUCAUUCAUGCGGGAAAAGUUUAUGUUUCUCUAAUGGCACAUGCUCUUAAUUCUUCUUUUAUAACUGAGGCCACGGUUAGUUUUAAAAUUAUGCUCACUGACUGAAACCUUACACUUGAUUCAAGGGCAUUGCUUUGAGAUAAAAUGAUUAUUUAUGUUGUAAAUAUGUAUUUUAUUUUUCUUGUUUUUUCAGUAAAACUUUGCUCUAUUCAUGGGAAAGGGAACAUGUUUGCAUACAUAAAAGAAGCUUUUCAUUCCCACACUUUAGUCUUAAUAUAGCUACAGCUGAAAGUAUGUAGCUUAAAUUCCCCCCCCCCCCCAAAAAAAAGAAAGAGUCAUUUCAGUGUCUUUGAAAAGAUCUGUAUUAUUCUUUGACAUCCCACUGCUUUGCUGCUAUGCAAUGGAUGCAAACCGUUUAUUCUCAUGCAAAUGAAGAACACCAUUAUGAAAGCUAGUGUAGCUGCCAUCAACAAUGAAAGGUUCCAUCUUAUACCAACCUAUGUUAUUAUAUUAAUGAUGAUUAUGUGUUUUUCUCUGCCUUGUUUACCUUUACAUACAGUGCAAAUUUAAUUAGUGGGCCAACAUUAAACUAUUAAGUAUAAUAUGAGUGCUAAUAAAGAUCUUAAUAAUAAUAAUAAUAAUAAUAAAAACACCUCUCAACUUUGGUUGUAGAGUUAUCUAUGAAAGCCCCUUUUGCUGCGGGAAAAUUCAAUAUCUCAAUUUAAAAAAAAAAAGUUUUUUUUUUUUUAUAAGUGUGUUUUCAUAUAAAGAACAAAAUAAAUAAAUGUUUCCAGAAACAUUAUGGGACAAGGGAAAAUAAAACAAAGUGAAAACUAUACUUGUCUGUAAUGACAGCCUAUGUCUUAUUUACUAAGAGUGUCAUGUUUCAGAUCUGUCAAGUUACAGGUAAUUGUUUUUUUUUUUUUUUGUAGUGCUAUUUUUUCUUACAGUGUAUAAUAUAUUCAGGGUUGGGGGGUAACAAAAUACAAGUAACGGGAAUACAUAUUUAAAAUACAAAAUAUAAGUAACUGUAUUCCACUACAGUUACAAUUUAAAUCAUUAAUAAUUAGAAUACAGUUACAUUCAAAAAGUAUUUAUUACUGAAGAGAUUACUUUGCAUUUUAUUGUCAUUUGUUUAAUUUAAUAUUUAGUCCUUUCAGAUGUAAAACAUUUAUACAUAUAAAUGAUGCGAUCCAAAGUGCAUUUGAACAGCGGUGAAACACUUUCUUAUGAUGUGUUACAUUCAUACGAGCAGACAGAGAAGUAUGUUUGAAGUAAGUUUGGAGCAGAAGAAAUAGAAAUAAACCUUGUGUAAAUUGUCAGCUUUACGCUAAGCUAAAAUGCAAUUUCUAGCCAUUUUACAUGCACAUGUUACCAGGCACGAUCAUAUUUUUUUAUCAAGAAAAUUCACGUUAGAUCAUAAUUUUUUUUUUCUAGUAAGACCUUUGAUAUUAGGGCAAAAAUCGUAUUCUUGAAAAUAAUUUUUUUAUUGUUUUCCUGUGAAAUAUCUAAAAAUCUUUAAAACAAGAUCAGUUUGAUUUAUCUUGUUUUAGAAACAACACUGCAUAAGAUAUUUAGGUUUUUUUAGAGAAUGUAUUUUUAACAUGUGUAUUUUGUCUUACUGUACUGGCAGAGUUUUUAUAGUCAAAACAAGUGAAAAAAUCUACCAGUGCUGAAGAAGUAAUCCAAAGUAUUUAGAAUACAUUACUGACCUUGAGUAAUCUAACGGAAUAUGUUACAAAUUACAUUUUACAGCAUGUAUUGUGUAAUCUGUAGUGGAAUACAUUUCAAAAGUAACCCUCCCAACCCUGUCUAUAUUGUUUAGAUAUCAGUCAGUGUUGAAAAAAAAAAAAAAAAGCAGAUUUUCAUAAGAUAAUAAGGUAAAAUGGUGAAACAAGUAAUGGGGUAUUUUAUGUGUCCUCUGCAUGACAAAGAGACACUAUUUUUGUACUCAGAUACAUUAUAACAGGAAUUAAACUGUACACCAGGUUUCCUUGUCUGUCUGCACAUCAGUAUUUUUACAUGGAACAUCUGAGGUGGGCUCUCAAACACUGACAGAACUGGAUUUAUUUCUAAGAUGCAGUAUUGCCACCUCCCUCAAUAAAGAA